GUACCUGUCAACAUGGAUACAUUAUGAACAUCAGUAAACCAUUUGUAGUGCAAUUGAACUAUCUAGGAUCCAGCUACAUGUAUGGAGGAUGGGGAAGAGAUUCAUUGCCAGGAGCUAAUCAGGAUGUUCAGUGGGUGGCUCCUCUCAGUACAGAUCGAAGAACCCUGUACAGUUAUCGUAUCUACAAUACAUACAAUGAUCUCCUGAUCUAUAAGCACUUCACAGACAACAAUACAGGAAGUUAUGGACAAGGUGGUGGAAUGAUCAUGUUUAAUAAAACAAUGUACUUCAAUUGCCACAACAGUGGAAGCAUAUGCAAAAACAGUCAAAGCAAUAAAGUGGAACUCUCCGUAAAUGUCCCUAAUGCUGCUUACAACAACCGGUUUACCUAUUCGUCCUCAUUGUACCAAGACAUUGACAUGGCCGGUGAUGAAGAAGGCCUAUGGGCAAUUUAUUCUACUGAAGAAAAUGCUGGAAACUUUGUCAUCAGUAAAAUAGAUCCCAUAUCUCUUGUAGUAAAACAGACCUGGACCACUGCCCAGUACAAGCCAGCAGCCACCAACGCAUUCAUGGUGUGUGGUGUCUUGUAUGUUACUAGAGCCAUCAGCACAAGAAGAGAAGAGAUAUUUUACAUGUAUGAUACCAAAACUGAAAAGGAAGGGUGGCUGAGCAUUCCCCUGGAAAAACCAAAGGAGAAUAUACAGAGUCUGUCCUACAAUCCUAAUGAUCAUAAGCUCUACAUGUACAACGAUGGCUACUUAGUCAACUAUGACCUCAAUUUUAAGCCUCCUCAGAAAGAUAAACCUGAAAUAUAA